AUGACUCAAUCAUCACAAGACUCGACUUCUGGGUGGGAGUCAGAGCCAGUAAUCAAGAUUCUUGCAGAUAUUAUAGAAUCUCUUGCCGGGGCUAUAUACGUUGAUUCUGGAUAUGACAAAGACGUUGUAUUUCAAAGCAUAAAGCCACUUCUUGAGCCUCUGGUUACCCCUGAGACACUAAAGCUCCAACCUGGGAGGGAACUGAAGGAAUUGUGUCAGAAGGAGAACUUUGUCAUGAAGGAGGAGGAUGGCAAGCUUGAGGUUAAUGCAAAUGGUGCCAUUUAUGUUUGUGGACUAACUGCAGCAAACAAGAAGACAGCAGAAAAAAUAGCAUCCAUGGAAAUUCUGGAGAUGCUAAAGAAAAAUUAUUACACCGGGGAGAGCCACAUAGAACCUUGCCUGUCUUGUGAUAUCAGACAAGUCAGAUAGCCUUAUGGCUGGAUCAUAUAAGAUCCUGAUGAUGUUUUUAUUCCAAAAAAAAAAAAAAAAACUUGCUUAUCAUCAUCAUC